CUCACUUUCUCUCUCACCCUUUUCCCCCAUCCUCUCCAUCCCGCCGCUCCGUUGCCAUGGCCACCACGGGCCUCCAGGUGCUGGGCGUGCUCCUGGCCGUGGCGGGCUGGGUGGGCGGGGCCCUGGUGACCGCCGCCCCCUUCUGGCGCGUGUCGGCGUUCGUGGGCGGGGAGCUGGUGGUGGCGGAGGCCCAGUGGGAGGGGCUGUGGAUGAGCUGCCUGGUGCGCUCCAGCACCGGACACACCCAGUGCAAGACCUUCGACUCGGGCCUGGCGCUCGCCCCAGGCACCCAGGCGCGCCGCGCCCUGGCCAUCGUCGCCCUCCUCCUGGGCCUGCUGGGGCUGGGCCUCGCCGUCCUGGGCCUCAAGUGCACCCACUGCCUGGGCGCCGCCCACGACGCCAAGGCGCGGCUGGCGCGGGCGGGCGGGUUGGUGUUCGUGGCGGCGGCGGUGACGUUCCUGGUGCCCGUGAGCUGGACGGCGCACAUGGUGGUGAGGGACUUCUACGACCCGGCGGUGGCGGCGCCACUCAAGCGGGAGCUGGGACCCGCCCUCUACCUGGGCUGGUUCGUGGCCUUGCUCAUGCUGGUGGGGGGGCUCUGAUCAAUGCAGGCUCGGCCCCGCCGCCCGAAGGAGGAGGAGGAGGAGGAGGAGGAGGAAAACGGGCCUCGGUGGCAGGCGCCUUCGGGGGAGGGAAGGGCAACCCGCAGCCCACUCCCCCUGCAGGGAAGAAGGAGAAAGCGUACGUCUGAGGGAGAGGAGGAGGAGGAGGUGUGUCUUUAGAGGGGUAGGAGAGUGUCUAAGAAGGGUUUGGAAAAUGUCUUAUGAGGGGUAAGAGAAUGUCUUGAGGAGUGAGGGAGAGGAUAGUGUCAUUGGGGGGAAAUUAGAGUACAUAGGGAUAGUUUACAUUAAGUAAAGUUAGCUUCAAUGGUACUUUUUACCGGUACCAAUGCAAGUUUUUCAAUGGUGCUUGUUAAGGCCAUAUUUGACCUCACUGGGUGCUUAGUUACGAGCUAUAUUUUUAGGGCUCCUUCUU